GUACAACCUAAACCUAAAUAGGUAGAAAAUUGUGCGAAGUAGGUAGACUUAGGCAGGCGGUGCCGAGAAGGCGGAGAUAGAGAUUGGAUAAAGAUGUUAGUGACAACAAGGACAAUCGGAGGAAUGCAAUGGUCUGUGUCGUCACUAAGCAAGAGGCGGUUGUUGAGUUGUUCAUCUUCAGCAGCAGUGAAAUCCAGAAAGCUGAUUCUUUAUUCAAAACCGGGCUGCUGUUUGUGUGAUGGCCUCAAAGAAAAGCUAUCCGCCGCCUUUUCUCUGUCUUCACCUACGGAUCCCCUCCACGAAGUCGACUUGCAGAUAAGAGAUAUCACGACAAAUCCAGAUUGGGAGAGGGCUUACCAGUACGAGAUUCCUGUUUUGGCUAAAUUACUUACAGAUGGUACCGAGGAAACACUACCUAGAUUAUCUCCCCGCCUCGGUGUUGAGGUCAUUCGACAGAAAUUAGUUGAUGCUUUCAGAUUGUAACAAUGUUUAGGAUGCUUGGCAUUCGGAAGCUAUAAAAAAUACGAAGUAUCAUUUACUUCUGAUUUUAACAAGUAUCUUUUUGUUUACCUCAACUUGCAUGCUAUUAUCCCGUUUGAAUAGAUUUUUGUGUGCAUGCUUCUAUUUUGUUUGUUUUUAAAUCUAUGCUAUAUUACUAUAUGGAAUACUAGUA